AUACUUAUAAAAUAUAUUAUAAAAAAAAGCAAGUCAGCAUUGUUGUCAAUAUGUAAAUAGGAACAAAUAAUGUUCGGUCUUCUUAAGAUGCCUCAAGAUUCCUAAAAAAUUAUUCAUAACUUUGUUUUGCAGAGACUGGACAGUAAAAUAUCUAUAUUUACCAUAUUCGUACAGCUUUAAUACGUAUGCCAUAAGGAGUAAGUAUACAGUGGGACAAAUUAUCCGUGACUAUGUUUGGCCUGUAAUUCGUAUGAAUCUGACUCAUGUUUAAUAUAUUUGGCUCGUAAACCAUGAGUCUUACUCGAUAUUUUGAGAGAAGAGGUUGUGUAGUUCGAACGUCAUAACAAUUACAAGCAUUUUUCGAUUAUUUCUGGAUUAUGUGAAUUACAACAUCGUUUUUUAAUUGUAUUCAACGCUUCAUACCUAGAAUUUAAAAUACAAAUAUUUCCGGCAAAAUGGAUGCCUCAAAGAAUUUUACUGUGGAAAAUAAUGUUUAUAAAGGAAGAAUAUCUUAUACUAAUUAUAAGAACCUUGGAGAAAUAAUAUGGUCUAAACUUAAGAGCAAUGCAGAUAAAAUUGCACACUUGGAUGCAUGUACUGAGAAAGCAGUUACGUAUGCAGAGCUACAAGACAAAAUCGUGAAAUGUGCAUUGUGGCUUCAAAAACAAGGAAUCAAAUCUGGUGAUGUCGUCAGCGUGUGCACAAAUAAUCAUCUGAAUUCUAUCGUGCCCUGCUUAGCGGCAAUUUAUGUUAAUGCGAUCUUUAAUCCAUGGGAUGAAAAUAUGAAUUUGAAAAUCUCGCUCCAUGUCAUGCGCCUAACUACUCCGAAAAUAAUAUUCUGCAGCGAGAAAUCCGUAAACGUUAUCUUGAGUACGAUAAAUGAAAUCGACUACAACCGUACUGUUGUGGUUUUUGGCAAUCAUCCCAACGCAAUUUCAUUUUCUGAUAUUUUGAAUAUGUAUAUGGAUUCAGAAGUGGCGAAUUUUCGAUAUAUCGAGCCAAAAGACAACAAGCAAACGACAUGUAUUAUGCACUCAUCAGGCACCACGGGGAUGCCGAAGGCAGUCGAAAUGUCUAAUUACUCUCUAUUACACAUUUGUGAGGAUAAAAAUAUUUAUAUGACUAAUGCAGUAUCACUUUGGUUCUCAUCGCUUUAUUGGUUAAGCGGAAUAAUAAUGAAUCUAACAGCGAUCGCACAGGGUGCCAAAGUUAUUUUAUAUCCGGAAUUCGAUGAAGAAAUGACAUGUCGACUGAUCGAGAAAUAUAAGAUAACAUUGAUUUUCUUGAGCACGAGCUCGAUUGGUCGGUUUCUUAAAACGGGUUACAUAAAGAAGUAUUCCUUAUCAUCUUUAGAAGUUAUACUGUGUAGUGGUGCAACAUUGAAGUCAAAAAUACAGGAAGAAAUAAAAUGUAUUUUACCGCAUGUUCAAAUAUUACAAGGUUACGCAAUGACAGAAAUCUGUGGAAUUGGAACUUUGCAGCUUUCGAAUCAUAAGAACGGGUCUUGCGGGACAGUAACCGAAAAUAUACAAAUAAAGGUCGUAAAUCCAGAAAACGGAAAAAUCCUCGGUCCGAAUAAUUCAGGAGAAUUGUGGAUAAAAACGGAGACUUUAACGAAUGGUUACUACAGGAAUCCUGAAGCGACAAAAAACACUAUUGAUGAAGAAGGAUGGCUGCAUUCGGGUGACAUCGGUUAUUUCGAUGAAGACGGAGAACUCUUUAUUAUUGAUAGAAUGAAAGAGCUUAUAAAAUAUAGAGGAUAUCAAAUCUCACCUGGAGAAAUUGAAGCUGUUUUAAUGUCACAUCCAGCAGUGCUAGAAGCUGCAGUAAUCGGGGUACCUCAUGCAAUGGAUGAUGAACACCCUAUUGCUUAUGUCAUGAAAUUGCCCGGAGCCGAGGUGACGGAGCAAGAAUUGAUUGAUUUAGUGGCAAAUAAUAUGAUAGAUCAAUAUAAGCUUCGUGCUGGAGUGAUAUUUUUGGAUACUUUUCCCUAUACAGGUUCCGGAAAAGUCGCCAGAAAAGAAUUGAGAGCAAUUGCAAAAAAACUAGCACUUGAAUAAAAUAAUGA